ACGUCAUCGCGCCGCGCCGCGGCCCCGGAGCGGCCAUGGCGCUGCCGGUGGCGGAGCCGGCCCGGGCCGCGCCCCGGCUGGGAGUGGCGCUGGGGCUCGCGGCGGGCGCCGGCCUCUGCUUCGGGGUGAUCUGGGCCAUCCGCCGCCGCUCCCAGGGGGCGGCGGGGCCGCCGCGCCGCGCCCAGGCCGUGCCCGGGGCGCUGCUCCCGGUGGGCGCCGUGGGCGCCGGCGAUGUCGCCGUGCGCAGCCCCCAGCUGAGGCAGGACGAGCAUCUGGAGCUGCUGGAGCGCCUGGACUUCGUGCUGAGCAACGUGGUGGAGCUGAGGAAGGAGGUGGAGGAGCUGAGGAACAGCCUCCAGCACCUGGCAGUGGAGAUCGUGGGGGAAGUCAGGAACCACCUGGAAGAAACACAGCGUGUGACUCGCCGGAGGAAGCUCCCCUUCUUCAGGGAGAGAAGUGACUCCACAGGCUCCAGCUCCAUUUAUUUCACAGCCAGCUCAGGGAACAUCAACACAGAUGAGGGAGAGAGUGAAGGGGGUUACACCACGGCCAACGCCGAGUCCGAUUACGACCGGGAGUCGGAGCGGGAGAGCGAGGAAGAAGUGAGCUGUGACACAGUGAGGACUGUGCGCAGGGAUUCCCUGGAUCUGGUCCCCGAGGAUGAAAGCACUCUGGUCGUGGAUUCCUUGCUGGAGGAGGGGCUGGGGCAGCUCCUGGAGCAGGCUGACCGUCUGCACAGCGGGGAUGAGCAGAACAGGAGAGAAGGGUUCCAGCUACUCCUCAACAACAAGCUGGUGUACGCGGGGCAGCGGGAGUUCCUGUGGCGCCUGGCGCGGGCGCACUGCGACAUGUGGGAGCUGACGGAGGACGAGGACGAGAGGAGAUCCUACGCCGCCGGGGGGAAGGAAGAGCUGGAGCUUGCCUUGCAGAAAUGGGAUCAAAGUGCUGAGUGCCACCAAUGGUUUGCCAUCCUUUGUGGGCAGGUGUCAGAAAAGGAGAGCAUUUCCAAGCGCAUCCAGGCUGGGUAUGUUUUCAAGGAACACAUUGAUAAAGCCAUUGCCCUGAAGCCACAGGACCCACAGCUCUACUAUCUCCUGGGCAGGUGGUGCUACCAGGUUGCCCACCUGGGCUGGCUGGAGAAGAGGACGGUGUCGGCGCUGUUCGAGACCCCCCCGACGGCCACGGUGCAGGACGCACUGCAGAACUUCCUGCAGGCUGAGGAGCUGAGCCCAGGGUUUUCCAAAGCAGGAAGAGUUUACAUUGCCAAGUGUUACAGGGACCUCGGGAAUGUCUCAGCGGCCGUGCUGUGGAUGGACCUCGCCUCGGAGCUGCCAGGGAACACCAAAGAGGAUGUAGAAAGCGAGAAGGAGCUUGAGGAGAUGCGCUCGCUCUGGGAGGACUAAUUUUGGAAACACUCAUCCCACUCCAGAGACAGUAACAUUCCAAAUGGAUUUCAUGAUCCUGACAAUUCCAAGCACACUUCAUGGACAAGCAACAAGAGCUCACAGGAAAACACCCAGCAGCACAUCCAGGAAAACAUCUUGGGAUAAAAUCGUGAUUUAUUUUCCUUUGUGCAGCACUGCAUGUGUUUGAUUUUAGGAUCCCUAAAAAUGUUACAUUCCUGAAAAAAGGGGGGAAUUUGGGGAUUUAUAGGUGGAGUUUGUGAUAUAAAAAUAUUUGUGGUUUUAUAUAUAUAUAUGGCAGAUAUUUGGGAGAUAUGUGGUAUAAAUAUGUAUUAUAUAUUUUUAUAUAUGUGUGUAUAAAUAUAUAUAUAUUUAUUUAUAUAUAAUAUAUAUAUAUGCACAUAUAUAUUUUGUAUCACAGACUCUGCCUCUCAGAAAGCUCCCAGUUAGUUCCUUGAAUGGAAAACUUGAGCCAAAUUUUUUUCCAGUUUAUUUGUACUCUCUUUUCUGUAGUAAUUAAUGGAAUCAGUUAUUACAACUGAUAAAUGCCUUUUGGGGAGGUCAGUUUCCAAGUGGGACCAAGGAACUUUUCUGCACAAUCCAGACUGGAUUUUAAGAGGCUCAUUAGUCAAAGAAGUGAGGUAUAGGAUUUUAAACUUCAGGAUUUUCUCCCAGUGAUGUUUCUGCCUCCUUCACACGAGGCUGAAAACUUCUGUCCCUCCAAACUGUGCUGCUGUGGUUUAGAUAGAAUUACUGAGUUUGAGAAGUAGUUCCUGGUCAGAGAACAGGUUACAGGAGCAGGAAUAUCCUGUGGCAAAGAUGAUGCUUCACUGUGAUGAUCUUCUGCCACUGACCAGAUUCAUUCUCUGAAUUAAUUAUCUCCUGGACUAAUGAGGCAAAGCCGAGGAGGUGAAGCCACUGACUGACAUUCCUCUUGCAGCUCCUGGGGACCAAACAGGAACAGGGAAUUGUGCUGGAUUCUGACACAGCUGGGGAAGGAAAACAUGUUGUGGAAUUUCCCACAUAUUUAUCAAGGUUUUGUUGAUAACCCUUAAAAUUCCAAUGGCAGCUACUGAACACUAAUUCCUGAAUGAAUGUCUGUUUCAUGCUGGGGUGGUUGUGAGGGGUAAAGUGAGGAGCGUGUGAGUAAAACAUUCCUUAUACCACC